UACGGUGAAUAAUGCGAUAGUCCGAGAUAGUCUCGGACUGUGAAACAAAAGGUGUUUUAUUUUUGCUCGUUGAGAAGAAGAGGUGCGAUUGUAUUUCUGUUAAUUCAAUAAGUCACUCGACGUCUAAUAAAUGAUGUUCAGAUUAAAUUGUUGCAUUGUGUUUGGGAUCAUAUAAAUAAGUCGUGAGCAAGUUUUUAGAUUGAAUCAAGUUGUUUGUUUGGUGGUAGUAGUGAAAUAAUGAAAAUCUUUGUCUUCUCGUUAUUGCUAUUACGAUAUGCCGUAUGCAAAUCUGAGAAUGUAAAGUUGUGAGAAUGAGAUGAGUUUGAGGACUGAGAGGUUAAUAUGCAGAUUGAGAAAUCGCUGCUGCUGGUUGGAGAAGAUUGGAAUUUGCAAUCGUUACAUGUGUGGCGUUUAAAUAUUUGCAUUACAUAAAUUUCUUGAGUUGUAAGUUGAAACCUCCUCCCACUCCACAGCCCCACCCACCAAAAUGUUCCGUCGGCUAUUCAAAUCCAACCCUAGCAGUAGUACAAGUCUAAAUUCUUCCUCCUCGUCGUCCACGUCACUUUCUCCCGGUCAUGAGUCGGACAUCUUUGCCGUAAACGAUGGCGUCGUCACCCCCUCCACCGCAGAGACUGAUCUUCUCAACAAUGAGACUAACAACAACCUUCCAGAAGAAGAAGGAGGAAAGCCAUACUUUCUCCAAGACCCCACAGCCAAAAGGAAUAAAAAGAAAGCUAGAAAGAUGGACAAGCUAUUAACCAUUUCAUCCGAAACUGAACGGUACUUUUCAUCCGAAGAGUCCUUGGACCCCAACAGUCUCCAUGAACGCGCCCCCAUGGAAGGAGAUGACCCCGACAUGGUCAUUAUCGACACCACGGAGAAAGCAGCAGCAGCAGCUCAGUGCGCAGAUCGAGAGAAAGUAGUUGACUCACUUUCACCAAUCUCAACAUUUCCCUGCCUACCAGAAAAUGUUAUUGGGAAACAUCAACAAUAUGACUUUCACCCAUCUGAUCGUCAUGUAGUAGAAACUCCACCUAUUACCACUUCCUCCUCAGCAGCAAAGGGAGAAACUGGUACAAAAUGUAACCUCGUCGAAUUAACUCCGCUUAAUUAUGCGCACAACAAAACUUUAAUUGAAGACGAGGACGACGAGCUAGGAGAAAGUGAGUUGUGCUCGUGCAGCAGUGGUGAAAGUGGUUCCAUAAAUCUUAAAGUUUAUCGGUUACGGGACGAAGAUUGUAAAAAUUCAACGUUUGAAGAUUCCGUAUUUCUUCCUGAUAAUUCUCUAAAUUUGGGACACGUCGCGUCUCCACCGGAAUUAUUAUCGUCUGCAACGUCACGUGGUUCAUCAACCCCACCCACGUCGCAAGAUUCAUCUUCUGAAACAAGGCCUAAAUUCAGGCAUAAACUUGAAAUUUGUCAAUUGCCAUCGUUUGCUUUGUCGACUUCGUCAAUAUCAGAUCGUCCCUCGAGCAGAAAUACGACGCCUGAAGUAAAAGACGAAUUUAAUGAUUGGCAAUUCUGGAGGAAUGAGUUUCUAGAUAUUCAAACGACUGAUGUGAAUGGAAAUAUUCUAAAUUGUGAUAAACCACAUCAAAAAAAUAACAAAUGUGUCGACAAGAAUCAAGUGGUGCAGUCGCAAUCAAUAACGAGUUCUAGCAGACAGAGUGGCAGGCACGAUGGGCACUAUUACUACCUCAUCCCAUGCGUCGAGUGUGUAAAAGCGAGAGAGAUUUUGACCACGGUAGCCAAUCACUCAGACGGUACUGGUGGUAAAGCAUGGGUCAAAAAGAGGAAUCCUUCCAUAAUCACCGUGCAAGAAAAUCACCCCUCAUUCUGCGGUCAUCGGAGAACUUUGGCGAGAACGACGAGGGAACACGUGUUUAACACCUUUCUUACGAAUAAUAGUGAGAAUAAUAGUGAGACUGAGCUGGUCUCGCUUUUUCCAAGAUUAAUCAUGGGGAAUCAGGCUGGGAAAGAGGGCAAGGACAAGGGGAAGGGAAAAGAUAAGCCAAGCAUCAAGGGAAAGUCUGAUAAGGAGAAGAAAACUCAGCAAUCCGUGAUUACAACAACGACGACGGGAACGGGGCCGACGCCUGGAAAAAGUUUAAAAAAUAGGCCAGCACCAGCCCCACCGGUGGGAAAGGCAGGAGUGCCCGAAGGGAAAACACCUUCCGGAGUGGUACCAGAAGUCCAUCUGAGCAUAGUCAAUGAUGACGAUGAUUGUUGUGAGGAUGAAAAAAAUCAUCGAAAUUUCGGCGACGACGAAUUCGACCAAGACUUAUCCGAAGCGGAUUCUUCCCUCACAGUAGCCGACACUUAUCGAACCGCUGCCACUGACGGAAUCACUGGAACUGAGAGUUACCACACCGCGUUGGGACUCGGGGUAUGGAAUUACGACGAUGAUGAUGACACGCUCAGAAACCAAAGUGAUCAACUCAGCAUAGAUUCCUUCGAGUUGACAAUGCCUACGGCUGAGAGUAAUGGAAAUCUCGUGUUUGACGAGGAGGACGAUGCGAGCAGAGCGUUCGGUGCACUACCGGAGAUUAUUCCACAAAGACCUCAACGAGGGAUGACCACUUCGUUUACGUUGACAAGGAAGAGAAAGGUCGAACUGUCCUCGAUUUCAUCUCCGGAGGAUGAAUUGCCACCCACUUCCGGUUUCGGGGGGAGGAAAGAUUCCACCGUUAGCGAGCAGUGUUUGACAGGAAAUGAGCACGAACUUGUCGGCGUUGGAAUCAAUUGUGUCCCACCACGGCGAUACGCAUCCGUCUCAGAUGUUCCUCCUCCAGAGUCGAAUGUUCUCCGAAAAGUCGCAAGUCUCACCCUCGCGGAACAACAACACCUCCAAAAAAAUGCUUCCAGACCAAAAUAUAUUCCAGAGAAACUGGAUUUUAAAUCGUACGAAAAGUUCGAAGGCAUUAUGCUCAUCAAUUGGUUCAUGUCGUCAUCGCCGUCGAGUCACGAGGGUAACAAGGACACCACUUCAUCCGCAUCGUCGGAUCUCAGACUGCUGGCAAACAAUUUUUGCACAAUGUUGCUCGCUGCGGGGGUGGUGAAGCAGAUCGAGGAUUCUUCGACAUCCCUGGAUCCUAUUUUCAGAACGGAUUUAAUGUACGUUUGGGCCCACUCGGAGGCAGUAUCAGGCGGACAAAUACCUGGAAAAUUGCCCCCAGUCCAAUGGCCCCCUAGUAAUAAUUCAGCUUCAGUAGGGACGACGCCACCAUCGAAAGCAGGGGCAAAAUAUACGGAAGCAGGAGGGGAUGGAACAGAGGGUGGUGAUUCUACGACUAACUAUGUUGGUGGUGGUGCGAAUAGAACGUUAUCUCCAGAACAUUUACCUAAACCGGGAAUCGUACCCGAAACGGUCUCUCAUUUCGAGAGCGAAAUUGAUCUCACGAGAGAUGACCAAGAUUCCAAAGAAUUUCAAAGUGCACUGUCUGGUCUGAAACGCGAGCACAAAGAGGUACUGGAAAAGAAGGAAAACGCUCAUGAAAUAAAUUUGUUCUCCGUUCGAGGAGAAACUGCACAACUUUUGGAGAAAUAUGCGAAGCGGAUCGAGGAGCUUGAACAAGAAGUGGACAAAUUAAAAACCUUGCAGGAUAUUCAGAACCUUAAUCAACAACUUGACCAGGAUUUUAAGCCGACUUCCGCUCCUGCACCGCCACCCCCGCCGCCUCCUCCACCCCCACCGGCUUCCUGUGGCCCACCUCCUCCUCCUCCACCCCCACUUCCGCCAGCUUCAUGCGGUCCACCCCCACCUCCACUCCCCCCGAGUUCGGGUGGGCAACCUCCUCCUUACGUUCCUCCACCUCCUCCUCCUCCUGGCCCUCCUCCACCAAUGUCAGGUUCGUUUGGAGGCCCUCCUCCUCCCCCUCUGCCUGGUGGACCACCACCACCCCCACUUCCCGGUGGUGGUAGUAGUUCCACAGGUCCUUGCCCUUUGCCACCGCCCCCAAUGGUCGUUAAACAAGAAGUGAGAAAAAAACCGAUCACACCUUCAGUUCCAAUGAAACCUCUCUACUGGAAGCGAAUCCAAAUCAAGGAGGCGACCCCGUUCCCAAUCACAGUUGUACCCACGCCUGAAAUCUCGAGGAUUUACGGUGGAAACAUUGCUGACGUGCUCGACACAGCCAAACCAUCCAAAGUUUGGGAGAAACUUGACGAAGUUCCCGUUCCAAGCUGGGACGAUUUCCACAAACUGUUCUCACGCCAAGUUGUAGAAAAGAAAAUUACUAAAAAAGUUGAAGUUAAACCGGCGAAAUUGCAGUCAAUAAAAAUUCUGGACAGCAAACGGUCACAAAAUGUGGGAAUUCUAAUCAAGAGUCUCAACCUGGAUAUUGAACAUGUUAAACAAGCUAUUUUCGAAUUUGAUUUGUCUGUCAUUAAUUCGGAAGUUUUGGAAAAAAUUCUAGAAAUUAGAGCCACUCCCGAUGAAUCUGAAGCUCUAAAGGGUUCCGUCGAAUCAUGCCCUGAUGUACCUCUAGACAAACCGGACCAAUUCCUUUUCGACCUCCUUUCCAUCCCAAAUUAUGAGACGCGCAUUAAAUCUUUGACCUUUCAAUGUUCAUAUUUCGAAUCUCUCUCGGCUGUUGAGGGCAAAUUAAGCAAUUUAGCACUCGUCUGUGAACAACUCACGGCGUCCAAAGACCUCCAAAAAUUACUCGCCUUAAUCCUAACUUAUGGAAAUUAUAUGAAUGGUGGGAAUUGGGAGCGAGGUCAGGCCGAUGGAUUCAAGCUAGAAAUCUUGCCUAAAUUGAAAGAGACCAAGGCCAAUGAAAAUAAUUUCACCUUUCUCCAUUUCAUCGUGAUGAAGUACAUUGAGGUCGAAGGUGUAUUAAGCAGGGAGAAUCCAGAGGAUGCCAAGCUCCCAGUUCCCGAGCCUUCUGACAUUGAAAAGGCAUCAUGCUCAAACUUUGACGAAAUUGAGAGAGAAAUUAAAAGCUUGACGACGGAAUUGGAACUGUGUGAGCGUAGGAUGCAAACUGUGAUCGAUACCUCAACGCCUGAACAUUUGGAACCCUUUAAGGCUAAAAUGACCUCGUUUGUCGAACAAGCUAAACACAAGUCGAAGGAGGUCGAGGAGACGUUUCACGACACGAAAUUGAAGUUUACAAAUACCAUGAUAUUCUUUGACUUUAUUCCGACCAAGAAAGACGGCCCAGUUCAAGAAUUCUUCUCCACCUGGACCCCGUUCUGUAAUGACUUUAAGACCAUUUGGAGGAAUGAACAACAAAGGCUGUUAAAAGAAAAGUUAAAAGAGGCAGAGAAAAUUGUCAAGCAAAAGCGCAGUCUUCUCUCGAAUAUCAUCGUCAAAAAGCCGAGAGCUAGUAUGGGACUGAAAGAGAAAUUAUUAAAAAAGAAAAAGGAAUCGUGCAAAGAUUAACCCGCAUGGAUACUCAAUACUCAUCAUUGUUAUUGAUAAUAACUUAUUAUUUUACAAGCUUUAACUAUUUAUCAGGAAGGAAAGUAAGAAAAAAGUUAUUGUUAAAACCCACCUCGGUCUAAACAGGGCCUAAAUGACUUUUAAUUAAUUAAAUUUAGUAAGAGAACGUCGUUAAAAGAUAUUCGAGCAUCUAAAAACUAUGUGUGUAGAUCACACAUGUAACUUUUGCUUCGCGAUCCGAUCCACGAUCCGAUCCACCUGAACGGAAAUUACCGCGAUCCGAUCCACGAUCCGAUCCACCUCGAUGGAAGAUUCUCUUGUCUUCUAUUAUUCAUUUCAAGCACUUAUGUAACACGAUUUUAAGAAUGAAGCAAAGUGCAUGAGAGAUUGAUUGUAGUUUGUUGGCCAUAUAAUAUAUUAUGAAAAGUCGAUUUAUGGUGGUUUAAUAGUAUAAACUUGUGAUAUUUUAUUUAAAUUACAAAAAAGUGCUUUAAAUAAAAACAGAGAUAUAGAGAGAUUUAUGUAAUCUACGCAAUUUCAUGGAAAAAAGUAAUAAAUUAUUGGCGAACCGAAGA